UCAGUCUCCCUUAACCUUCCACUUUAGGCAAUCUGUGGCUCUUCACAUGAUCCUCUGAUAUACACGGCGGCGUCUACCAAUCGGAGACAGCCAUCCCGAUAACGUCUCCUUCGACCUUACAUACUUGGUAAUGCAAUCCAGAUAGCUGUUCAUCAGCAAGGCAUUCUGAAAACUCAGUUCUUCUUAUAAGAUGAUAAUCAUAAAUAAUCCUGUUCCUCCCUCUUACCACGAACCACCCAACAUAACAUCAAGCGCAAAAUGAGACUCCCCGUGAAAGCUAACGUCCCUUCUGUCCUGUACUCCAAGCUCAGCAAGCCCCCUCUCCAAGUCGUCCGCAGUCAUGGGAAUUAUCUCCAAACCCAAGAUGGUCGACAGAUCUUCGACGCAACAGGUGGUGCUGCCGUAGCUGCUCUUGGACAUAACCAUCCGCGGGUCAAAGAAGCUAUCAUGUCACAGUUGGAUGAUGUGAGCUAUGUCUAUUCGCCUUUCUUUACUACUCCUCCCGCGGAAAGGAUUUCUUCUUUUUUGACCGAGUCCACGGGUGGUGAAAUGCCGAGAGUUUUCAUUGUCAGCUCGGGCACCGAAGCUAUCGAAGCGUCAUUAAAAAUGGCCCGUCAGUACUUCACAGAACUGCCAGAACCGCAGUGGAACCGGACCAGGUUCAUCGCCCGCAGACAAUCAUAUCAUGGAAAUACUCUGGGCUCUCUAUCUGCUGGAUACCAUAAGAGCCGUAGGGCGAUAUACGAGUCCAUCCUGUGUCAGAAUGUCUCCCACGUAUCUCCGUGCUAUCCAUAUCGGGAUCAGAAACCGGGCGAGUCCGAUGAAACAUAUGUCAAACGACUGGCAGAUGAGCUUGAGCAAGAAUUCCAAGCCGUCGGUCCGGAUACUGUGUGUGCGUUUAUCGCUGAAACUGUUUCUGGAACUACUAUUGGAUGUGUCCCGCCAGUCCCAGGUUACCUCAAAGCGAUGAAAGAAGUUUGCGAUCGACAUGGUGCACUGUUAAUUCUCGACGAGGUUAUGUCAGGCAUGGGUCGUACAGGAACACUACAUGCCUGGGAGCAAGAAGGUGUUGUCCCUGAUCUCCAAACCAUAGCCAAAGGUCUUGGGGCGGGAUAUGCGCCGAUUGGGGCCCUUCUGCUGGGUAGAAAAGUGGUUGAUGUUUUAACCGAUGGUACAGGGAGUUUCGUGCACAGCCAGACAUAUCAAGGUCAUCCUGUCGCCUGUGCAGCGGCCGAUGCGGUUCAAAAGGUCAUCGUAGAGGAUGAUUUACUGCAAAAUGUUGUCGAAAAAGGAAAAGCCCUGGGAGAGUUGUUGCAGAGCCGUCUGGGUGAUCACAAGAACGUGGGAGACAUUCGUGGUCGAGGAUUGUUCUGGGCAUUGGAAUUUGUUAUGGACAAAUCAACCAAAGCGCCAUUCCCAGUCAGUGAACAGAUUGCCGCAAAGGUUCAUCAAGCUGGAUUGCAAUCGGAACAUGGCAUCUCCUUGAUACCUGGGAAUGGAGUUGCGGAUGGCAAGGAUGGGGAUGUCAUCCUUCUUGCACCAGCAUAUAACAUCACCCAAGAAGAGAUUGAGCUAAUUGUGGAGAGGCUAGAGACGGUCGUCAAUGCUGUCUUCAAGGAAUAUCAGUAGCUCAACCGCUACAUAAUGAAAACCUGAUUUGAACCGCCUAAU